AUGUGGUUCAGCGAUGGCGUUCCAAAAUUCGCACCGUUAAAUCGACUCUCAUUCCAUCAAGGAUGCUGGAAGGAUGACUAUCCAGCAUUACUAAACCUACGUGGUGGAAUCGUGGUGGUACCAUAUACACCUGGUCCAACCUUACAAUACUGCGACAUUGAUCUCAUGUCGACUUCAAAUGCAGUACCACAUCGCAUGAGUUAUUCAGAGUGA